AUGUUGGUCUCACCUCGAUCGAUCGCUUUCGCAUCUGCACUCUCAACUUUUACACUCGCUGCUCUUGCAGGGGGUCCAAAGCUUCACUUCGUGGAACGCACAGUCGAAGCCGGACUCACUUCACAGAACGCCCUCUCGACUGCACAGCUGUACUCUCCGAUGACCGCAGGCGGGGUCGCCGCGGACUUCAAUAACGACGGAUUCGACGACAUCUUCCAUCUCGGCUCGAUGAACCCCAACUCGCUCUUCAUCAAUAACCAAGACGGCACCUUCACCAACCAAGCAUCAGAGUGGGGAGUCGCAGGUCCUUACCACUCCUUCGGCGCCUCCACAGCUGACUUCAACAACGACGGCUACCUCGAUCUCUUCGUCACCGCGUUCGGACCUGGUGAUAGCGCUCCACAACCAGGAAAACUCAAACUCUACCGCAACAACGGACCUGACGAACACGGCAACUGGUCAUUCACAGACAUCGCCGAAUCCGCAGGUGUCAACCACCUCACGCCGGGAACGAAUCAAAAAGAAGGAACCGGAUCCUCGUGGGGUGACUACGACCUCGACGGCGACCUCGACCUCUUCGUCACCGCAUACAACUCCAUCCGCGCCGCCAAUCGCUUGUUCCGCAACGACGGACCAGACGAAACCGACACCUGGCGCUUCACCGAUGUCACCGCGGAAGCCGGAGUCGAAGAAAUCGGAGUCUCCGGAUUCCUCCCAGCGUUCUGCGACAUGAACAAUGACCGAUACCCCGAACUCAUCAUCGUUGGUGAUACCGGGACGACACGCUACUACACCAACAACAGAGACGGCACCUUCACCAACGACACCAACCGUCUCGAGGAUGUCCAAACUGCAAAUGCGAUGGGGAUCGACAUCGCCGAUGUCAAUCAUGACGGCUUACUCGAUUUCUUCCUCUCUAACAUCACUUUCGACUCAACCAACGGACCGGGAAACAUCCUCCUGAUCCAGCAACCCGACGGCUCAUACAAAAACAUGGCACGAAUCUCCGGAUGCCAUGACGGCCAUUGGGGUUGGGGAUCACUCAUCAACGACUUCGAUCACGACGGUGACAAAGACAUCCUCGAAACAAACGGCUACUUCUUCGACUUCACCGCAGACCCCGUCACGCUCUAUCUCAAUGACGGCGACGGCACUUCAUUCACCGAAUCCGCACAAGCCUGCGGCAUCAAUGACAUCGCGCAAGGAAGAGGACUCGUCAGACUCGAUACCGAAAACGACGGCGACAUCGACGCGAUGAUGUUCAACUGGAAUCAGCAAAACGCAUAUUUCCAGAACAACCUCAUCACACCAAAGACCACCCAACCCGACACACACUGGGCGCGCAUUAAACUCGACACCUACGCACGCGACUCACUCGCACCGCAAGGCAUCGGCGCGAUGGUCACACUCAAAACCGCUACGAGAGAAUACAUCCUCCCAAUGUUCGCGAAUCCCUCGCACUGUGGCUCAUCAUCCGUCGAAACCCACAUCGGACUCGCGAGCGAAUCAAUGAUCGAAUCCAUCCAAGUCGCUUGGCCCGACGGCACAUUCAACACCUACACCAACCUGCAAUCUGAUCAAAUCUUCACCUUCCGCGCCCCCGCGUUUGCUGCCGACUACAACAACAACGACACCGUAGAGUUCGACGAUGUCAUGACUUUCAUCAACGCACUCGCAUCGCGCAACCUCAGCGCAGACCACAACGGCGACUCACGAAUCAACUUCUUCGACAUCGUGGACUACCUCCACGACUAUCGACAAGCUCUCAUGCCAUAA